AUGAAAAACAACCCUGGCAACAGUGCAAGAUCAAGCUCACAUGUGUCCAGCUCUGUGUCUGUGAAGAGUGACUGUUCAAAAGGAGGCAGCGUAUCGAACUUCACUCUGAAAUCAAACCCAUCACACCUGAGAGAGCUGGACCUGGCUGGAAAUAAAAUAGAAAACAAAGGAAUGAAGCACAUAUGUGAACAACUGAUUAAUUCCCGCUGUAAACUGGAGAGAUUGAAGUUAAGAGGCUGUGAUAUAACAGAUGAAGGUUGUUCAGCUCUGACUUCAGCUCUGAAAUCAAACCCAUCACACCUGAGAGAACUGGACCUGAGUGAGAAUGAACUUGGAGACUCUGGAAUUGAAAAUAUUAGCAGUCUACUGAAGAACCCACAAUGCAAGCUGGAAAUACUAGCACUGUGUAAAUGCAGUAUUAAAGAGAAGCAGUGUGUCUUCCUGACUUCAGCUCUGAGAUCAAACCCAUCACACCUGAGAGAACUGGACCUGAGUGGAAAUGAACUUAAACACAAAAGAGUGAAUAAAUUGUAUGAUAUACUGAAGGAUUCACAAUUUAAACUGGAAAGAUUGAGGUUAAGGUACUGUGCUAUAAAAGCUGAAGAUUGUUCAGCUCUGACUUCAGCUCUGAAAUCAAAGACAUCACAUCUGAGAGAGCUAGCCUUGAGUGGGAAUGAACUUGGCCAGUUGGGAGCAACACACCUCUGUGAUAUACUGAUGAAUCCACAAUGCAAGCUGGAAAAGCUAGAGUAAGUAUAAUGUACAACAGUUAUAGUGUGAUUAAAGUGUAUUAUGCUGUCGGCUCUGAUAG